UAAUAAAUUAAGGAAAAUGAAUACAAAAAUAAUUUUUUAUUUUGGUCCUCCAAAGCACACUUUCACAAAGCGGUUUCUUCAGACUCUCCAAGCGCGCUCACGAUAAUAUGCAGGAGAGGCGCGUUCUCGCGGAACAGGCACGGAUUUCUCCAGUGGGUCGCCGGUUCUGGAUCACAGCGGAUGGUGUAAACUCUGAGUGUUUGUUGGUGUCGCGAUCCUCAUCUGUUUAAAAUAUGAGAUUUCCCUGAAGAAUCGCGUCACAGUAAACCACAGAUUUGCCUGUCGGUCUGUGCUGUAACCAGACGAAUGAAGCAGACUGUACUUUCAAAGCACAAGAUGUGAACAUCUGAGUAGAUGAUGGGAAGGCCGGAUCACGCAGAGCUCCUGCUGAGUGUUGGGAAUUAACUGGAAACAGAAGAACAGCUUCCACUGCGAGUGCCACAAUGGCCAGUCUUGUUCUCAAUGAGACGGGGAUGGAGAACUGUGGCAUCGAUGACUCCUUCAAGUAUAACCUGUACGGUGUGGUGUACAGCGUGGCGUUCGUUCUGGGUCUGGCCACUAACUGCGCUUCACUGUUCGUCUUCUGCUGUCGCAUGAAACUGCGUAACGAGACCACGCUUUUCAUGACCAAUCUAGCUUUAUCAGACUUAGUGUUUGUGUUCACUCUCCCUUUCAAAAUCUUCUAUAACGUGAAUCGCCACUGGCCUUUCGGCGAUACGCUGUGCAAGAUCUCCGGAGGAGCCUUCAUCACCAACAUCUACGGCAGUAUGCUGUUCCUCACGUGCAUCAGCGUGGAUCGCUUCCUGGCUAUCGUCUACCCCUUCCGCUCGCUGUCCAUCCGUACCCGCCGCAACGCUGGCAUCGUGUGCGGCACCAUCUGGUUGCUGAUCCUGGGUGGAGGCAUGUCAGUCACCUUCUUCUCUGCCACCAACCAGUCCAAGACUAGCACCACCUGCUUCGAGGGAUUCUCCAAGAAAACGUGGAAGACCCAUUUGUCCAAGAUCACCAUCUUCAUUGAAGUGGUGGGUUUCCUCAUACCGUUGAUGAUCAACCUAGCCUGCUCUUCCAUGGUGCUGAGGACUUUGCGUAGACCUGCUACUCUGUGUCAGAUCGGCACCAACAAGCGGCGCGUUCUGCGUAUGAUCGUAGUGCAUUUGGCCAUUUUUAUUGUUUGCUUUGUGCCUUACAAUUCGGUUCUGUUUGUCUAUGCCAUGGUGCGCACUCGAGCGCUCGCGAGCUGCUGGGUGGAGAGGCUCGCACGGACCCUGUAUCCCAUAACGCUUUGCGUCGCGACCUUCAACUGCUGCUUUGACCCGGUGGUCUACUACUUCACCUCCGAGUCCUUUCAGAAAUCACUGUCUACCGGGAAGUGUCAGGCCAUGCAGGAAAACACGCUGAGGAGCGAUGGCCCCGUGUCUGCCAAGGAGAAUACUGACGCGGUUGAGCUCCACACGCUGACCAGCAACGGAAAAGAUCAGGGCAGCGAGACUCCGUUCUGAAGAGCGUAGAAGAAGAUCUGUGAAAAAUGACUGGAAUCUGGACUUUGUCCACUGAAACCCGUGCAUGAAACAUCUAACACUGUCCGGUCGUUUGCGUCAACUACUUAAAACGUAGAUCUACUAAAGGCAGUGUGUGUUUACACAGGUGUGCAGUGUGUCACUGUAUUUGAUCAAUAAGUACCAUAACAUAUACAUUUGUAUUGUGCCGUGUUGUAUUUUUACCCAUAAGCACCUUCUGAAAGUUUUGUUACAGAUCUGUGUUAAUGACUUGUUUGAAUGUUUGUGUAAAUUUUGCAGUCUGCAAAAUUUGGUUUGCCUUUUACUGAAAACAAUAAUGGUAAGCAGUUAACUGAUUAAUCGUAAACACUUAAAUGUACUUAACACUAUAAGCACACAAUCCCAUUAGGUGGAAAUAUCUGCAAAACUAGAACAGAAAGUGGUUCAAGCUCUACAGAAGAAGAGGUUCAUCCGCUGUAAAACUGGUGAACAGAAACACUUGUGUAUUCAUGUUUUCACACAUCCGUCAGUGCAUUACUGUGGCUGUGACGAUCCUCAGUGCUCCAGACGGCCCUGAAGUUUCCUAAGAUGUCUGUCAUUAAUCCAGGCGUUAGUCUUCAUGUAGCUGUUUAUAAACAUGUCAACAGUGUAACUAGUUUGACUAACUGUGACGGCAGAUGAUGUUUACGUCAGUGUCCACUAUAAGACCUGACCAGUGCAGUUUGUGUGAAUAAAGAGUGGCCAGUGACUGUUUUCAUCUAAUAGCUGUAGAUGCUUUUUUCACGCAGUGCAUCAUGGGAGGAUGAUUCAAAUUGUGUGGUGACCAGCAAGAGUUAUUUUACUUCUGCAUUUUGUUUUUUCUGAUGUGGAUAUUUGCAACUUUUUUUAUGAAUAUAUUAUCUGUAAAUGAUCUAUUAUUGUAUUUUAAACAUCCAGUGAAGUCUCUAAUUUUACAUAAUGGCAGGCUAGUGUAUUUUACUCAGACAUGACAGAGUAAAUGGAUCCAGAAGCUGGGGUAUCCUUCAGGAUAAGAUGUAGAAACUUACUCUCUGAACAUAACCUGAACACAACCUGAACAUAACCUGAACAUAAUCUGAACAUAACCUGAAUAUAACCUGA